CUUCCCGUCGCUUUGUUGAUGCUGGGGGGAAAGUUUGUGAUGUUGCACUGGGCGAUGGCGCCGCGCUUGUCUUGCUUCGUUGCUGAACGCCGGCCCAGCCUGUUGAAAAAGGAAAGUAAGACUGACAAACGUAAAUGGAUGGAAGACCAUGAAGUAAUUGAAAAUGAAUUUGGAUUCUUACAUAGGUCUACCAUCACAAUAUUAAUGCUACUUCAGUUUGUAAUGGAGCCCGCUGGAGGCUUUGGACUGGAAGACCAAAACGUCGUGGAUAGUGCCAACAAAAUGCCUUUGUAUAGUAACAUCCGAUUGCCCGAUGAACACAUUCCUUACUUUCUACACAAUAAUAUGCAUAUAGCUGUUACUUGUGAGAAAGAUUCCCUCUGCCCAUUUAAGAAGUACUUGAGAGAGCUGGAAUCCUGCUGGGGCUAUGAAAAGAAUUGCAAGCCUGAAUACAGAUUCAGCUACCCAGUGUGUACUGAAGCCACAUCAGGAUGGGCCAAUACCGUAGAAGGAGCAGAGGAGAUUUUCUGGAAGCAGGCCGACUUUGGUUACGUUAAAGAAAUGCUUCUUGAGAUGCAAACACUGUGUGAACCAGUCUCAGCAGGUGAUUCAUCGCUGGCGUGCACGAAAUACACUCGUUAUUGUAGAGCCACUAAUCUCUACAUUGAUUUGAGAAACCCAAGAAGGAACACAGACAGAUACAAGGAGGAUUUUCUUGAAGAGGGUGAAAUUGGAGGCCAUUGUAAGUUGAACAAGAAGGCACUAGUGGAUGAGGGUGAACAUAAGAGUCCUCUACAGUCCUGGUUUGCAGAGUUACAAACGUAUUCCCAACUAAACUUUCAACCGAUGGAAGGUGGAAAUUGUGACCUCGUGAUUGAAAAGCCAACCUACUUCAUGAAGCUAGAUGCAGGCGUCAAUAUGUAUCAUCAUUUCUGUGAUUUUGUUAAUCUCUAUAUUUCUCAACACAUCAACAAUUCUUUUAACACCGAUGUGAAUAUUGUGAUGUGGGACACUAGUUCCUAUGGUUAUGGCGAUUUAUUCAGUGACACCUGGAAAGCAUUUUCUGAUUACAAUAUUAUACAUUUAAAAACAUUUGACCAAAAAAGGGUAUGCUUCAAGGAAGCAGUCUUUUCCUUACUUCCACGGAUGCGCUACGGGUUAUUUUACAAUACUCCUUUGGUGCCUGACUGCUUUAGCACAGGGAUGUUCAGAGCAUUCUCACAACAUGUCCUCUUUAGGUUAAAUAUUACAAAAGAUGUUCCGUUGACGGGAAGAAUUCGCGUAACGUUCCUGGUAAGGAGCACGCAGUAUCGUAGAGUUUUAAACCAACAGGAGCUUGUGAAAGCUUUGAAGAUGGCUUCUGUAUUUGACGUCAGAGUGGUGGAUUACAAAGACAUUGGAUUUUUAGAACAACUGAAAAUAACACACAAUUCGGAUAUUUUUAUCUCCAUUCACGGGGCCGGACUGACUCACCUAUUCUUCCUUCCAGAUUGGGCUGUCAUUUUUGAAUUGUACAAUUGUGACGAUGAUCGCUGCUAUUUGGAUUUAGCUCGACUUCGAGGAGUUCACUACACCACGUGGGAGAAAAGUGACAAAGUUAUACCUCAGGAUAAGGGACAUCAUCCAACUCUUGGGGACCACCCUAAGUUUACCAACUACUCUUUUGACGUGACUGAAUUUAUGCGCCUGGUCUUGUCCGCUGCACAGAGAGUAACGCAGCAUCCGAAAUGGCAUUUCACGCAAUAUCAUACUGAACUAUGACAGCACGUGGAGGUUGAAUUGUGUUGGUGAACUUUAAAAAGGACUUGCUCAUUUCUUAGACACCCUUGUAAAGACAUUGGAAUCUGUUACUGUUAGACGUACUGUAUCAAGUGCAUCAUCACAAAUACCUUCCUUGGUGUGUAGGUGCGUUUAUGAAUGGAGUCGAAUAUUUAAAAGUAGGCAAGUUCUGUAAAUAUCAAAUACCAUUUAGAUAUUAGAAUUGUGUGCAACAAUGGUUUAUAUUUAUGUAGCCCUUUCCCCUUUUAUAUACCAAUCCAUCCAAAGGAACUAUUUUUA